CUAUUUAUACAAAGUGCCUGCAGCUCUUCACAUCUGUUGUCCUACAGAUUUCUGCCAUUCAUCAUGGAGGAGGUCUACGUCAGGCAUGUGGAGCUGCUCGGCUUCGAGAAACGCUUCUUCCCAAGUCAACAUUACGUUUACAGACUGAUGGUGAAAUGGAGCGACGAGUCGGAGAAACUCAUCUACAGGACGUAUCCUGAAAUCCACACUUUUCAUAAGUCUUUGAAGGAGAUGUUUCCCAUUGAGGCUGGACAAAUAGACAGGAGGGACAGAGUAAUCCCAUCACUACCAGCUCCACGGUGGGUGGAAAGCCAGAAGUCAAGAGAAGACAGGAAGACCACUCUGGCCGAGUAUUGCCAGACACUCCUAAGCUUGUCGCCGCACAUCUCGCGCUGCAAACAUCUUUCCAACUUCUUCAGGGUCCGGCCCGAGGAUGAAAACCCACCUGCACCAAACACACUGAAAAGAAAUGAGACUUUUGUGGAGUCUAGGGAUCUCGCGAGAGGCAAUGCUUCAGAGAUUUCUGGCCCUAUCAUCCUGGAUACCUACAGAGUGAUUGCUGACUUUGAAAAGACAUCCAAACAUGAGAUCAAUCUUCACACUGGAGAUCUAGUAGAAAUUGUGGAGAAAAAUCAGAAUGGUUGGUGGUUCUGUCAGUGUGAAUCCAAACGAGGAUGGGUUCCUGCCUCCUACCUGGAACCUCUUGAUGGACCAGAGGAGGCAGAGGAACCUGAUCCGGACUAUGAAGGAGACCUGCACAUCACCACCCAAGCAUACCAGGCAGAGCAAGAAGAUGAGAUUUCCCUGGAGGUGGGAGAGACUGUGGAGGUCAUUCACAAACUUCUGGAUGGAUGGUGGGUCGUAAGGAAAGGAGAAGAGACCGGUCAUUACCCAUCCAUGUUCCUACAGAAGUCUGAUAAGAAGAAUGAAAUAAGCAGGAUAAAUCUGCGAGGACAGAAGCCUCCCCCACGCAGGUCCACCAUCAGAAAUGCCAAAAGCAUCCACGGCAAAUCUCGGAAGAAGCUCAGCCAGGACGCCUAUCGCAGGAAUAGUCGACGUUACCUGCAGCAGAAAGGUGUCGCCGCUCCUCAAAGGAACUCUGCAAAGACACCACUGAGGGAGAGGAAGAAUGAAGAUAACAUUCCUGAGGUUUCGGGAUCCAGCUCAGAGAGCGAGGUGAAGAAGGAAGCUCCAGUCAUCCCACCCCGACCCAGUGCUGAGCUCAUCCUGGAGCGCUGUACAGACAACACCCGCAAAAAAAUGAGCAUUAAGAUUAAGUCCCACUCUGAGACAAUGUAGUUGGGAAACAUUUUUAAAGGCAAUCUUCCAGGGUACCUAUUUCUUCACACUUAAUAAACCCAAUGACUGAAA